AUGGCCUCGACGCGCGGGCAGAAGGUCGCUGUCUUCUUCCUUACCUUCUUCAGCUAUGUCAUGUUCCACGUCUCGCGCAAGUCCUUCUCGGCCGUGAAGGGCGAGAUGAGCAAGGAAGAGUGGAUGGACUCGAUCUUCUACGUCAAGUCGGAGCAAGGCAAGAUGUAUGGCCUCAUGGACACGCUCUUCAUGGGCUUCUACGCAGUGGGCCUCUACGUCAG